AAACGAGCGCACCUCAUCAUUGCUCACGUAGAGUCAGUAAAGGACGCAGUAAAGGUGGCUUCCUCUGCUUCUUCGUUUUCAACCGCACUAAUGAAAACGCGGCUGUAGGAGUGUUUGGGAAGAGAAACACAAGCUUGUUCGUCGAGAUGUUUCACAGAAGUAAAACCAUAAAAGGUUUGCUCAGUAUUGUCCCUGGGAAACAGCGACUAGGGGCGUACAGGUUCCUACCUAUCUUUUUCUGCAUUGGAGGAGUCAUGGAGUGGAUCAUGAUCAACGUGAGGAUCGGACAUGAAACUUUCUACGAUGUCUACAGAAGGAAAAAAUCAGAGCGGCAGUACCAGCAGAAGAUGGCAGACGGUCCCCUCGUGCUAGAUCAACAUGGAGCCAAGUGAACGAUGGUCAGACUUCACAAGAGUCGCCUAAGGACACACUGUUGGACUCAAACUCCCUCACUGGUUUCACAAUUAAAUCGCAAGCAUAGAGACGCUUUGGACGAAAAAAGAUGACGGAGGAAUCCCUUCCUUUUACAGGCUUUACUCUGUAAAUACUGAGUCCAAAAAAAAAAGUUAAUCUUAGUGUAAUAUUUAUCGUAUGUUUGAGGUUAAGACUGAUUUAAGUGACAAUGAAUAAUACUAAAGUAACAGGACAAAAUAUUUGUGUCUAUAAUUUGAGAUGUUGUAUGGUUGAGGUAAUGACGGUAUAAAAACGCAUCUCAAAACUAAUCAGCCAAAUUGUUCUUAUUCUGUCUAUCAUCCUUAUUCCUCAUUCACUCAGUGAAAUAAAGCGUUUUUACGUGUCAGUUGUGCCAGCUGACAGAAAGCGACUGCAGGCGGAUGAAACCGUUUGGGUAUCCCGACAGCUUGAUGGGGUUCCCAUUCAGCCUCACACAGUCCAGGUUGGAUCGUAGGUAGUGGCUGGUGUCGCCUUUGCAGAACAUCUCGUCUGCUAUAGUUGAGAUAUUGUUCUGUAGAAAAAAAUGAAAGAAAACAAAAACACAA